CAAGUAAACAAGAGACGUGCGCUACGAAACAAAAUAAAAAAAAAAAUAAAAACAAGGCGUUGGUCCACUACUGCUAAAAGCUUAAACAAGCAAAAGCUUCUUCAUUGUCCAACCUACCUUUUCUGCCCCGCUUCUUCUACCCGGAAUCCAGCACACAGACUCAGGAAUCUCAAGUAAUGCACCAAAAACUAAGCGGCACUUGAACAGCAAAAAGGUGUUGAUUAAAGAUUGGACUCAAAUUGAAGUCUUUGACAGAUAUUACAAACUACAGAUCUCAUGGGUGGCAAGAGUUCAAAGAGAUCAACAACUGGUCGAUAUGCAUCAUUUGGGUCCAGUUCACAUUCAGGUUAUCAAGGCUAUCCACAGUCACCAUAUACUCAACCAAGCUACAAUUAUCCCCCGCCACCUCCUUGUCAAACAUAUGGCGGUCCACCUCCUGAGUCAAGGAAAAGGCUUGAGAGGAAAUAUUCAAAGAUAGAUGAUGACUACCACAGCUUAGAGCAGGUUACUGAUGCCCUUGCACGUGCUGGGCUAGAGUCUUCGAACUUAAUUGUUGGCAUCGAUUUUACCAAGAGCAAUGAGUGGACUGGUGCAAGGUCAUUCCACCGGAAAAGUUUGCAUCACAUUGGUGAUCAGCAAAAUCCAUAUGAACAAGCAAUAUCCAUCAUUGGGAGAACAUUAUCAAAAUUUGAUGAGGACAACCUGAUUCCUUGUUUUGGAUUUGGAGAUGCCUCAACACAUGAUCAAGAAGUCUUUGGUUUCUAUCCGGAUGACAAAUAUUGUAAUGGAUUCGAGGAAGUACUGAGUAGAUAUAGAGAAUUGGUUCCUCAAUUACGGCUCGCAGGACCAACAUCAUUUGCUCCUAUUAUUGAAAUGGCAAUCACUAUUGUUGAGCAGAGUGGCGGCCAGUACCACGUUUUAUUGAUAAUAGCGGAUGGACAGGUUACAAGAAGUGUAGAUACUGUGCGUGGUCAAUUAAGCCCUCAAGAGAAGAGAACAGUUGAAGCAAUUGUGAAAGCAAGUGAAUAUCCCUUGUCUAUUAUUUUAGUUGGGGUUGGAGAUGGGCCAUGGGACAUGAUGAGGGAAUUUGAUGACAAUAUCCCUGCUCGAGCCUUUGACAAUUUCCAGUUUGUUAAUUUCACAGAUAUCAUGUCAAGAACUGUGGACCGGUCCCGGAAAGAAGCAGAGUUUGCCUUAGCAGCAUUGAUGGAAAUACCUUCUCAGUACAAAGCAACUCUGGAGCUGAACAUUCUGGGUGCUCGUAGAGGGAAUGAAAUUGACAGGAUUCCUCUCCCCCCUCCUCGCUACGGUGCAGCUUCUUUUGGUACAUCAAAACCUUCACAAAGCAAUAGUUACCGUCCAAGUGCGCCUUCUAGCACUAGCAGACACAAUUCGGCUGUUGGAUCAAGUCAUCCUGCAAGUUCUGCAGAUAAUCAUCUCUGUCCCAUCUGCAUAACCAAUCCAAAGGACAUGGCAUUUGGUUGUGGACACCAGACAUGUUGUGAAUGUGGGCAAGAUCUUCAGUUGUGCCCCAUCUGUCGGGACAGCAUUCGGACUAGGAUAAGACUUUACUGAGUCACUUCUUGUGGCUGAAGAAUAAUUUGCUGCUAAGAAAGUCUCAGAUUCUUAUGUUACUGGGAGCAGUUUAUUAAAUUAUAUUCUUGCUGAUGGAUCUCAGUUUGUCAGCAGUAUAAAUGUCUUUUUGUUUUUAGAGAUGUUACAUUUCAGUAUUUUGCCCUGUACAUAGAUUUUCUACUUUCUAUUUAAGGUUACUCAUUGUUCAUUGAAACUGGUGCUCAAUGUGCAAAGAUAA